UGACCUCUUUACUGAUCGAUGCAGCUCAUCUUAAUGAUCAUCAGUUUAUGAUCACUUAAACAUGUUACAUCAUGUUUUAAUAACUAUGAGACAUUCAUAGAAAUGAACACUUAAAGCAGGUUUGAAGUCAAAAUGAGGAAGUGAUGACAUACUAAGAAAGGGAAGUAGAUGCAGCGUCUCUUUAAAGAAGCACUACUGAAGAAACUCAGACAGUUAGGAGCGUGACAACGGGAGGACAGAGACGGAGAAUCACCAUGAACGAGCUCAAAUGGAUUCAAACUUCUUUACUUCUCACAGCGCUGCUUCAGUUUGCUGCAACAGCAUUUCGAGUUAAAAGAGUCACAUUCAGAGUUGGAGAGGACGCCACGUUGUCUUGUGAAACUGCGACACAAGAUCAACAGAAGUGUGAAUAUACGACAUGGUACUUAGAUUUAGGAAACAACGCAGCAGUAGAGCUGGUUUUACAUGGGCAGGUUAUAAACUCUAGAGUUAAAUCAGACAGACUGAGAGUUACAGAGGACUGUUCUCUGGUUAUAAAGAAGAUCACAGAGGAGGAUGCUCGACGUUAUGACUGUCUACAGGACAUAUCAGGAAGAAGAACAAGCGAUGUGACUCGAGUUCAUCUAUCUGUUAUCAAGAGUAAGUAUUUCAAUCUUUUCAAACAAAACUUUUCUAAUUCAAAAAAUAAACUGAAACAUUACAAUAAUUAUAAAGACUCUGAUGAAGUUAAUUUGUCUCUUGUUGUGUUUCUCUGUGAGGACACAAGACCACCACCACCACCAACAAAACCACCAACAAGACCACCACCAACAAGACCACCACCAGCAACAAGACCCCCAACGACAACAGCUACUAUGACUACUACAGGUAAAAGUACAAAAGCAACAACAAAAACACCUAAAAAAUGGGGCUCCUGA